AUGUUUGAAAUCAUCCUCACCAGCGCACUGAAAUGCCGCGAGGAUUUGGACGAGUUCUUUCAUCUCCAUGAGCAUCUUACGACCAUUCCAGACCCUUGGACGUCAUCCACCAAAGUACGAAAUGCCCUCGUCCGGCAAUAUGAAGUGACCACGGAGGCGAUCGGCCGCACGGCGAGCGUCGAGCAGCGUGCCCUCUUUUUGCAGCAGCUCGCCGUGUUGACGGAUCUUUUGCUCACGUCCUACUGGGGCGAGCUAGAGUUUCUCGAGUUUCACGGCCCCGAGUACGAAGAGCGUCAUGUGGCUGUCUUUAACACCUUUGUCGAAUGCCGUCCUCGAUUCAUUGAUCCAUUCGUCAAACACAACGACACUGCGAUGGCAUUCGCGCUCGCCGAAAAGUACAAACACUUCCAACUUCUCAUUCAAAUGUGCGAAGACAUGGACGCUCCGGCACAGCUGGACACGUACGUUCGGCAGUUUGAACCCGACGGAUUUGCUCAAGAACUCUUCCAAUGGUACUUGGAUCAUGGCAAAGCCGCCAAGUUGCUGAAAUCGCCGCGCUCUCGUGAUGCUGCUUUGGGCGAGUUUUUGAAAACGCAUCCAGAACUCUCUUGGCUGCAUGACAUCCGGACGGACAAUUAUGCUCAAGCUGCCAUGACCCUUCGCGAUCUUGCCAAGAACGAGACGGCGUUGUUUCAAAAGCGCAAGACUCUGCUCAGCCUCUGGAAGAUGGCACUUGCCUGCGCCGAUGAAUCAAACCCCGAAGACAGCGAAGACGUCUGGCAAUUCAUGUGGUUUAUGCAAGUUCAAGAAUUGCUCGUGAGCGACGCAAAGUACGCUCCGCUGGUCGCCGGCUUUGGAAACAAUGGCGUCAACCUUGAGACGGACUAUCUCGAGCCCUUGCGUCUGAUUGACGCAUUUAUCGGCCAGUACAACCCAAUUCCUGAUGCCAUCGACCUGGCAUUGGCGAUGGAAACGUACGCACGGUCGAUGCCGAGUCGCUCUGAUGAGGAGAAUACUUCAUUGCUUCUUGACAUUUGCGUGCGAUCGAUCUUGAAAAACGACUGGAGUGCUGUGAUCAACGCAUCCAAGCAAAGUCCAACCGAUGCCGAGCUGCUCCAAAUCUUGAACGCAACUGCGUUCUUCUCUUUGGCGUCCUUGUUUGACUCCCAAGAGCUGCUGUAUUCGAUGAACAUUACUCUGCCUGAUAUUGUGCUGCUGGCCAACGACUCGCGGCUGGGUAUCCUGCGCGGCAACACUGAGCUUAUUCGCUUGUUGCAGACGACCGCCGGAAUGACAUCUCGCUCAAUGUGA